AUGAAUACUGAUUCUGUCGUUCUCACAUUCGGUUACUCAACGAAAAGCAAGCCUACAGUCUGCUUUGACGGAUACGUCUACACGUUAAACAAGGAUCGUGGCACAGUCAAAUAUUGGCGAUGUGAAGAUCGUUCCUGCUCCGCGUUUCUUCACACUGAUGGGAAUAACAAAUACAAAGCACAUACGGGCACACAUGUGGGUCAUCUACCUUCGCCGGAACGAGUCGAACUUAUGGCGUUAAGUCGAAAAGUCAAGGAACGCGUGGUCAAAGAAACAACGCCAAUCGCUCGCAUCUACGAACAGGAGCUCGCCGCAGCACAGCUUAGUCGAACUGCUUUGGCUCUUGCCCCCUCAGCGAGAGAGAGGCAAUCGUCUUUAUGUCGCUUUCGACGAACAACAACACCAGUUCUUCCUACGUCAAGUACCUUCGACAUUCCAGAACCAUACGCUCAAACUCUCGGUGGAAAAAACUUUCUUCUGCACGAUAUACUCAUUCGUGGCCAAAGAGCACUAACGUUUGCCAAUGAUUUACAACUGACAAUCUUGUUCAAAUCCAGCCAUAUCUUUAUCGACGGCACGUUUCAAGUGUGUCCUCCAUUCUUCGAUCAAGUCUUCACAAUUCAUGGUGUACAUCAUGAACACGGUAAGAUCUUUUUCUUUUGAUCGUAUAUGUGAUCACGAGUCACUUCGUUUUAGUUGUGCCGUGCGUAAUCGCCCUUUU